GAACAAAGCCGCUUUAUUGGAAGAAAAAUCAUUACCCAAUUUACCAAUUGUAAAUCGGUCUCAAUACGUCAUUUGCAAUAUUGGGUCUUGCAAAACAAUACCUAAUAGUUGGCGCACGAAAUAUUGUCUACCUGAAUACUCAACAUUCGCUUUCUUUCAAUUCAUGCGUAAUUUUCUUAGUUAGAGGUUGUCGUAAACCUUCACUUAGUCAGUUCAACUAACAUACUUUUUGCAAGUGUACAACAGUGAUGUCUGACUUUGAUACGAACUAUAUGUCCGGAGUGGCAGCCAUCGUGGCGCCAGUAUUAUGCCAUAUCCUGCGAUUUUUGACUGUCAAUUUUCAACCAAAAACCACCAAGUGGAAAAUUGCAGCCGCUGAAGUUGUGUCUGCUGAUCGACAGGAAGCGAUCUGGUUGAAUUGUGGCUGUUCUCGAAAAGCCUUUAAUGCAAAUUUCAAGCUUCUUUUGAUUUUCAACUGACAACUUGUUCUUUGAUGGCUUUCGCAACAUUAAAACAUAUCAACCGUAAUCUAAACAAUUAUGAAGUACCCUGUCACGAGUAACCAUCUCAUUUCGAGUAUAUGGACAAAGUUCAUUUGACGUGACAUUUGGUCGGAGACCCCGAGGAAAGAAAAUUAAAUUAACGCCGAAAAUCGAGACGAUGGUUAAAUGAAACGAAAACAUAAACAAAUUUUAAAGGUUGAUUGAUUAAGUCGUGGGCAGUCAUCGGAAGGAAAAUAGCAAAGAAAACAUCUAAAUGUUGUCUUUUGUUAGACCACUAGUUAAUUUGGAGCCGUUUCCCGUUCUAUUGAUUCACCUACACCAAAUUGGACGCGAUUGAGAGCGCGAGUUCGUGUCGAUGGAAAACAAAUCUCGUCCUCCCUAGAGGGUGAUCAAGUUGAUUUGCGGUUCGUGACAAAGCCGACCAAUGAGAGAUAAUACCGCGCACAAGAAGCGCUAAGGCCUCUUGUCAUUUGUCAUCAGUGACUGGGUGUGGACUUCCGUUUUGAGUGGGUUUCUUUUGUGUCGUGUUUAUGUAGGGCACCAUUUGCAUUUUAAUCUUUCGCAACGGGAAAUUAAACUUGAGGCUCUAAAGCUUUUGUUUUGGCUCCCAUCUUUUCAAGAACGUAACUCGUUAACGGGUGUACUUGCGUUUAGAUUGAACUUUUUUCUCGCACUUAAGAGGCGAUUAACUUGAUCAAACGCAGUGGCCAAGUUCUCGGUGUGAAAGGGAAAACCCACUGCCUACGUAAGUCGGUGAUCGUUCACUCAUAGAACCGGAACUAAGUCCCGCCAUAGCAUACCAUCAUUUCCGUUAAACAAGUUUAUCACUUGAGGGAUUUUAAAGCUUGAAUUACAAUAGAGAAUAAUCGACCUCGGCUAAAUAUAAAUUACUCAAAACAACGGACUACAAAGGAGUGAGAAGGAAAGUGUUUGGCUUGUGAAACAGGCAUUUUUUUUCUUAUCGAAGUGCUGCGGCAAGAUAAUUUACUUCGCUGCGCACGUUCGACUGGCGGGUUAAUUGAAUCUUUAGAGCUGUAGAAAGAAUAGCCAGGAUUACACGACAAAUUUAUUCUCAACUCGUCGAGUGUCCUUAUAACGCUGAGAGAGAAUAUUCAUGCGCUGGAUGAAGUCUUGAUCGCUCAUUGUCUGCCAAAGCAUUAGCACUGCCGGGGAGUUUUCUGCGCCCGACGGUUUGAUAGGAAAUUCGCGGGAACUCUUUUCUGGCAGAUUUGAUAAAAGGAAACAUUAAAUUUACCAAGCUGAUAAUCGGAAGUGCCACGCAAGCUAAGAAAGGCCAGCCCAUUAUAAUACAGUCACGACGUAGGUCGCCUUCAGUUUGAAUACAGUGACAACACUGAACGGUCGUCGGUGGACAGCGAGCGAAGACUCGUAGCUGAACAUCGCUUAAUGGCAAAGGACAACUGAUCACAGAAAGGCUCACGACUCUUUGAACUCGAUGAAACACGAAGGAUUAAGCAAGAUGAUGAUGCACGGUACAACAGAACGAAAUAAUUUCACCCUGGUCGAAAACAAAUUGCCUGGUUUAACUACGAACUUUUCUUCAGCCGGCAUACCCGAAGAGAGUGAUGCGGAUGAUUACUACCCAUUUGUGAUUGGACACGGGUCGAGUUUUAAAGUCGUCGACCCCAAAGUGUACAAACAUCUGCGUCGACAUAAUAUUCAGCAAAGGGUACCUGUUAAAGUAGCAGACUACGGGAAUAAACCGACAGUCGGGAGUCGGAGAACACGCGCUACAACGAACACUAAGUUAUCGAGUAGUUCGGACGAUGCGGACGAAUACUGUGAACUUUCACCGCUUGCGAAAGCGCCCCCCAUACCGUUAUCUACUCUCCGGUCUCAGCCCGUGGAAUUAAAACCCAAGAAUAAUCUCAUGAAAGUGUCCAGUUUCGAGCGGAGACUUUACACAGAUUGUUAUUAUUCAAAGACUAAAUCGUGUCUGGUCGAGAGCCAGCCGAGCUCUCCUAAAUCACGACCUACUACGCGACUUGUGGACACUAGCUCAUUGAAAAGCGAGCGCAGGGAGAACUCUUCACAAUGGGCAAAAGAAAAGCAGGAGCCCCUCUUGUGUGGUGUGGAAGCAGACGAGAUCAUAGACUAUGCCACUUGUAUGUGUUGUGUUAAAGGUGUCUUUUACCACUGCACCAAAGAUAGUUAUGAUGAAGGACAACUUGCCGAUGAACCGUGUUCGUGCGCGGGGCCCGUCAGCUCGUGCGCGCCUCGCUGGGGUUGUCUUGCUAUUUUAUCACUCUUCAUUCCCUGCCUAUGGUGUUACUUACCCGCUGUGGGCUGCAAAAAAGCCGCCACGAGCGUCAAGAAGAAGAAAAAACCCCAGAAACGCUUUAAACAAUUUAACUAUUCGUAGAUGAGGAUCCCUUAGAGCAGAACAUUUUGACUUCAUAAGUCAGACUAUUGAGGUAAUUUUCGUAAAAUAUACCGCCGUAUUUUACGUGCGCUUUUAUAUGAGUUGAAAUCGAAUAUUUUAUUUACCGGGUGGUGAAUGAUUUGUUAGAAGUUUCAAACAGAUUUUCGUUCGCAUGGCUGUACUCUUUUACUGCGAUUUGGUGUCUAUUAGCGCGCGGGGAACUGUUAUCUAUACUUCUAUUAACUCAAAUGAUGACAGCGUCUGUGUUUCAUGUCAUUCUGUUUAUCGAAAGUUAUAAAAUGAAAUCAGACUUUGAAGAUCUUUAAGGGAUGACUGAUGGAUUAAGAAAUUUCCUACUGGUUCGAUUUCAGGCUAUCAAAUGUUUCUGUUUUCCCAAGGGCUUUUUCACUCGCUAAUCUAUUUUGUCUGUUUUGAAAAAUUUGUUUGAUGUCUUUUGACGGACUCACUUUCACUCGACUUAAAAUACACACAGUAUUAUAAUAUGCGAAUAUGCAGCAAUGUAAAAAGGAAAAUGUUUAGUUAAAUUAUGACGCGCAGAAAAAAAAAAUUAUAAUUUAUGAAGUUAUUAAUCUCUGUAUUUAAGUUUUCUCCUGUUUGACUUUUGUAUGUAAAAUUGCUCCUUCUCUGAAGACUUGUUACUUCAAGGUUAAGAUAUGCGGAACACUCAGAGAAGAAUGGAAUAAAUCUGGGUGGUUCAGGAUA